AUGAACUUUUAUUCAGAAAACAACACAAGCUCAAAAGCCCUCUCCAGCCCACAGAGUGAAGCCUCUACUAACUGUAGCAUAUCCCCUGUGAAGGCAGCUUCAGGAAAGAAAAAUAAAUCAGCCGAAAAAAAUUUUCUCCUGAAAUUCAAGACUGAGUUAUGUAAAAAUUGGGAGUCAGGGAUGUGCGAAUUCGGUGAUCGAUGUGUAUUUGCACAUGGAGAAACAGAAUUAAGAGACAGAAAUGACUCACUCCCCCCCCCCUCCGUGAGCGAACAAAAAAAUUUUGUUCGCUCACGGAGGGGGGUUAAUUUUUUUUUUUUUAAAAAAAAUUUAUAUAUAAAUUUUAUAAAAAAUAUUUUUUUCGAAAUUUAAAAAAAUCCUAAUUUGCAAAAAUUGGGAAGCAAAUAUUAAUUUAAUUUGCAAAAUUUAUGUUUUUAAAAACGCAAUUUGUUUAAAAUUAAACAGAAUUAGCUCUAGAUUUCAUUAUACUAAUUAUCAUUUAUAUAUCAAAAUUUUUUUCCAUUAAAAUUUUUUCUAUUAAAAAAAUUUUUGUUCACUCACGGAGGGUGGGUUUUUGGUCAAAAAAUGGCGAUUUUUCUAAUGGUUUUGUUCGCUCACGGAGGGGGGGGGAGUCAGGAAAAGCCUGUAAGGUAAAAGAAUGCAAGCAAUAUAUUGAAUAUGGGUAUUGUAUUAGCGGAAGCCAAUGCCCAUAUGUACAUAAGAUGUUAUCACAAGACACAGCAUCCAGCUCUCCAUCAGGAAGCAAUCAGUCAAGUAGGAAAAACUCUGAGGAAGGAUGCAAAAGUAAACUACCAAUAUUUAUUGAAUUAGAGGGCAGACCGUUCUCUGUCUAA